UAAUAAUACUAAUAUUAAUAAUAACAAUUUAAAAAAAAAUAAUAAUUUAGUACUUGAAAGCGAUAACUAGUAUUAAUUAAAGAAUUACAUAAUUCAAAUGAUGGAUUAAAAAAGUAAUUAUAAAUUUCAUCUCUUUGCCCUCCAAGUUCAUUUUGUAAAAUCCUGGCCAUCAAUAGAUGAGUUGAUAUUCGAGAUUAUGAUUGCAUUUGGUGAAAGAAAGUUUCAUUUUGUAACACUGUUAUAGCUUAACAAUUAUUCAAUUUAUAUAAAUAUUAAUUAAUAAUAGAUGAAAUAAAGUAAAAAGGACUAAUAAUUAAUGUAAGGUACCAAGAACCAUUCUGUGAUAUGUAUGUAAACACUUAAAUAUUCAAAGACUAAAGAUUUUCUUUGUAUACCUUUUUUUUUGUUUUUUUAAUUGAGCGGAUCAGUGAGAUAACAAUUACUUGUUUCGAUAUAUAAAUAUGUUAAUGUAAUGAAACUAAGGAGACAGUAAAAUACUUUAUUUGGACUGAAUUUACUAAUGAAUAGACGUAACAAUAAAAUAAAAAAAAAUUUUCAUUCAUCUUUUUAAAACUCCAAGUCUGUGCACAAAGAAAAAGUGCCGUGAAAAUGUCUAAUAAUCCUCAGUGGAAAACAUUUCAUCCACCAAUUAUUAAUUCAGAUCCUGCAAUACUUGAUUAUAAAUCAAUAUCAAUUUCUGCUAAAAGUAUUAUCAGUGGAUCACAACAACCAACAACUAAUGACUAUCAUGAUGGUUCAAACUACUGCAACGAUCAUAACUUUAUGGAAUCACUAGACGAAUGCGGAAAAAAUUCAUCAUCAUACGGCACUUGCUCGAGUGAUGUUAUCACAUCACGUACUAACGCUAGUCGAUUCUAUAAUCGUACUUUGUCUGGAAUGGAUGUUGGUAUUACCUAUGCGACUGAGUCUACUACGAAUAAUUCUAUUUAUCAAGACCAAUCUGGUCCACGAGAAGCUGGAAUAAUUGAAAAAUUAUUGCAUUCGUAUGGAUUCAUUCAAUGUUGUGAACGGCAAGCAAGACUAUUUUUUCACUUUAGUCAGUUUAGCGGUACAAUAGAACAUCUUAAAAUUGGUGAUCCGGUGGAAUUUGAAAUGACUUAUGACCGGAGAACUGGCAAACCAAUCGCUAGCACUGUCAAUAAAAUUGCUCCUGAAGUU